AUGAAAAAUUUGGUUCCCAGACUAAAUCAGCUUAAUUCCAUGGCGCCAAGAUGGAAAUGGAAAGGUGCUGAAGCAAAAGCUCUUGCAGAACCUAUUUCAAAAUCAAUCUCAGAGCUCCGGGUCUCUCUAGCCAAAACAGAGUCCUCUGGUUCCCUCUCGAGUUGCAACGUGCUUCUAGCGGUUGAGCCAGAGCAAGCUGAGCUACUCGACCGCUGUUGUUUCGGCAGACUCGUUCUGUCCGCAGAGAAAGUCAAGAAAUGGAUUCAGUUAUCCUUUGAAGAAGCUUUCUAUCUUCUCUACAAUCUCAAAUGCAUCAAAAUCUACUUUCAAGGUCGUUGCUUGGAGAACGAAGUAGACACAUGGAUGUACAUGAAAUCAAAAAGACCGAACUUCCCAAUAUUUUUCAAAGCCUAUUCACAUCUACGAUCGAAGAACUGGGUUUUGCGAUCCGGGCUGCAGUACGGUGUGGAUUUCGUGGCGUACCGUCACCAUCCGUCUCUUGUCCACUCUGAGUUCUCGGUUUUGGUUCAGUCCGGUGACAGUGACCGGUUAAGAGUGUGGUCAGAUAUCCAUUGUGCUGUUCGGUUAAGUGGAAGUGUUGCCAAGACGCUAUUGGCUCUCCAUGUCAGUGAUAACUCUAACAAAGACGAUUUGAAUCUACCUGUGUGUUUGGAGAACUACGUAGUGGAAGAGCAAACGAUAAGUAGAUGGAGCCCAGAACUCAGUCGUGAAGAUGAAGCCACGAAUCAAAAACCAAAUGUUACCACUGGUAGUAAUUUGAAAAUCCCUUGAUGAACCGUUCCUGGUUAUUUGAGUACUGAUUUUGAUUUUCCAUAUCAAUCUAAACAAUUGUUUUCAGUUUUAGUUGAGAUAAUGAGAUGCAUAACAUUUUUUUAUUGACCAUUGUUGGUUCAUCACUGCAGAAUCAAUAUUAUACGACAUCUUCACUUAUAAA